UCAGUCAACAAUUAUUUAUCGCAUUCAAAAUUCAGGGGUUAACUUUGUAUCGUUGACUUAAAAGUGUAUUUUAAGGCGAUGAAAGUACCGAAAAUACCCGAUUGGGUAACCACUCUGUCCCUGGACCAGGCCGUCCAUUCCGUUCUAGAGAGUGGGGACCAGGUGCUGGCAGUCAUGCCCAGCAUCCACCUCAUCCAGUUCCGCAACUGCACUGUGCUCCUGCCCAUUCGCGUGAAGGUUCAGCUGCAGGACUUGACGGUGAAGAGGUUGACCUUUCUGCUGAAGGCGCAACAUGGCAGCGAAUUCCAGGCCAGAGUGAUGAGCCAGUUGAAAAUGUUUGCAAGGGAACACCAGAUGUACCACAUAAUCCUGCCCCAGUUUGAGCAACUCUACAGGGAAGUGGGCAAGCACAUAUCCUUUGGCCCGCGGGCCUUCAAGUUAGACCACAGCAUCGGAGUCCAGUACAUCCUGCUGGAGGAUCUCAAGGCCCAGGGAUACAGGAAUGUGGGGCGACAGGAAGGCUUCAAUUUGAAGUGCCUUAAGGAAGUGCUUAAGAAAUUGGCAGAAUUUCAUGCCGCCUCUGUUGCUUAUGUGGAAAAGAAUGGAGCAUUCAACAAAAUCCUGGCCAACGGAGUCUACACAAAGGCCAACCGUCUGGUCCUACGGGAACUCAACGACCCCGAACCGUUUCUUUUGCAACUGCGACGGUGGCGAAUGGGUGAUCAAUUUCACAAACGAUUCGUGGAGAAGGAGCAGGACCUGGUGGAUCAGUUACUUGAACUCCAUUCCCCCAAAUCCGAGCAGUUCAAUGUGCUGAAUCACUGCGACUGCUGGGUGAAUAACGUCAUGUUCAGGAUUGACGACGUGGGUCAUGUGGAGGACACCGCCCUACUGGAUUACCAACUGGUCAAAUACGGCUCUCCGGCCAAUGAUCUGUACUAUUGCAUUCUGUCAUCUGCUGAGAAGGAAAUCAAGCUAGCCCAGUUCGACAAUAUGGUGCAGUAUUACUUCUACCAUUUACUGGAUAAUCUAAAAGUUCUCAAUUGCCAAAGUACCCUUCCGAAGCUCGAGGAUAUUCGCGAUGCACUUAACAAAAGCGGCCUGGCUGCUUAUGUGGUGGUGACCAGGGCUCUGCCCAUCGCUAUGAUGAAUCAGUUCGAGGACGAGGUCAACGACCGAUACGCAUCCAAAAUGAAGUGCGCCAUGUUUACCAAUCGGAAAUACAUUCAGGCGAUGAAAGAUAUCCUGCCUUGGAUGGAAGAGCGGUCCCUGCUCAAUUAAGGCUAAAUUAAAAUAAGCAAUUUAAAAUAAAAUUAUAGGUUUUAAACGA